AUGACCGCCGGCGCCGCCCCUCCUCCCCAAAUCCUCCUCGCCAUGUCCGACCUCGGCUUCCGCGUCACCCACACAUACGGCCUCUCCGAGACCUACGGCCCCUCCACCGUCUGCGCGUGGAAGCCCGAAUGGGACUCCCUCCCCCCGUCCACCCGCGCCCGCCUCAACUCCCGCCAGGGCGUCCGCUACGUCUCCCUCGAAUGCCUCGACGUCGUGUCCACCACUCAGGACGCGACACCUGUCCCUCCCGACGGGAAAACCGUGGGCGAGGUCGUGUUCAGGGGCAAUGUCGUCAUGAAAGGGUACUUAAAAAAUCCGAAGGCCAACGAAGAGGCGUUUGCGGGCGGGUGGUUUCACUCGGGGGAUUUGGGGGUGAAGCAUCCGGACGGGUACAUCGAGAUUAAGGAUCGGUCGAAGGAUAUUAUUAUAUCGGGUGGGGAGAAUAUAAGUAGUGUGGAGGUGGAGAAUGUUUUGUAUGGGCAUUCGGGGAUUUUGGAGGUGUCGGUUGUGGCGCGGCCGGACGAGCGGUGGGGAGAGUCGCCAUGUGCAUUUGUGACGUUGAAGCCCGGGGUUGAUGCGAGUGACGAGGAUAUAUUGAGGUUUGCGAAGUCGAGGAUGCCGGGGUAUUGGGUGCCGAAGUCGGUUGUGUUUGGGGAGCUGCCGAAGACGGCGACUGGGAAAAUACAGAAGCAUUUGUUGCGGGCGCGGGCGAGGGAGAUGGGGCCCGUUANGUGUAAGUAG